AUGGUUGAAAAGUUUAAUUGGACAUUGGGACAAGAACUGGCCAAGUACUGUGCUGGGGGGCAGACAGAAUGGGACCAGAAGCCGCCUGCUCUGCUGAUGGCGUAUCGGUCGGCUGUCCACGAGUCAACGGGAUACACACCGGCAAAACUGAUGCUGGGUCACGAACUGCGGCUGCCAGUGGACCUGCUGACAAGAAGACCACCUGAUGAUGAACUUCCUGAUGAAACCACCAGUUACAUCAGAGGCCUCCAAGAAAGGUUGACGGAGGUCCACCAUCAAGGGCACCAGAAGGUAGUCCACGUCAAUCGUCUGUGGCAGUAUCAUGGGCCAGGGCAGUACACCUGGGAAGACUCUGAGGAGCAGCCACCUACCACCGACGAGGACCAGACCGGAGAUCCUGGAAGAGCUCAGGACCGUACC